CAAUAUCUUCCAAGAUCCCCACAGCCACACUCACCCACCUCUCUCUCUCUCUCUCUCUCUCUCUCUCUCUCUCUCUCUCUAUCUCUAAAGAUUCACAGAAAUCAACUCAGAUUUCAGACUAUACUCUUCCAACAACACAAAGAUCAUUUUCUGAGAAGAGGCAACAAACUGUUCCAGGUGAGGAUGUCAACGACGUCUUGUGAAUCAUCAAGCCCCAUUCAUCAGAUGUUUAGUCACAUUAUAAAAAUAGAUAACAAACCAGAGGAUCUGAACACAUCCGAGCGUUGCAUCUACAGAGUCCCAGGUAGUCUUCGGGGCGUGAACGAGAAAGCCUAUACUCCUCAGGUGAUCUCGAUUGGACCCCUUCACUUUGGCGAUAAAAAUCUAAAUCCAAUGCAACUCCGGAAACAACGAUACUUUUGUGACUUCUGGGAUCGUGUCAAAAAUGAGGAAGCCAUGAAGGCCUACAAAAAGUACCUUGAAGCUGAAGAAGAAGCUAUACGCCAUUGUUAUGCAGACAAGUUUUCAUCCUUCGUCACUGAGGAAAAUUUCGUGGAAGUGAUUCUUUUGGAUUCUGUUUUUAUCGUGGAGCUUUUUCUGAUGAUGAGAAAACCAGAAGUACAUCACAAAGAUGAUAUUAUAUUGAAACAAACAUGGCUGAACAAAGGUAUCCAGAGGGACUUGUUGUUGCUUGAAAACCAGAUUCCAUUGUUCAUCUUGGAUAGGUUGUAUACAACCGUGGUUCCGGACUCUGAUAAGCAUGGCAAGUUUACUGAGCUGGCCUACGACUACUUCAAGUGUUUUCAUCCUUAUAAAAAAAGCAAAUCGGAUUACGAUGAAGUUGAGAAACCAAAUGGGAAUCCUAAACUUUUUUCAAAGCCAAAAAGUUGCAAUUCUUCAGUUCAGUUUCAGGAGGAGGGUUCGUACAGGUAUGGCUUGGCAGAGAGGAACUGGGAAAGUGCGCCAAAGCAUUUUACAGAUCUGAUGAGGUACUUCUAUAUCUAUGACAAUCUCACUCAGCGUGAAAAAGGGGUGCCUUCUAAUGUUCUGAGAACUGCAACAAAGUUGCGAGAAUCAGGAGUGAGCUUCGAGAAAAUGUUGGACAAAAACUUGCUUGACAUAAAUUUUGUGAAAGAACCUAUCUUGAGUUGGUUUCUGUGCUUGGGCUGUAUACCAAAAUUCACAUGCUUCAAAGCUCGUUUACAAAUCCCACAAUUAAAAAUAGACAACACAACGGAAUGUGUCCUCAGAAACCUCAUAGCCUUUGAGCAGUGUCACUAUGCAGAUGAACCUUACAUGUGCAACUAUGUUUCCUUCAUUGACUCUCUGAUUCAUACCAAAGAUGAUGUUGAAUUGCUGGUUGAGAAGGAAGUCAUUGUCCAUGAACUAGGAAGUGACAAGGAAGUAGCAACUUUGGUGAAUAGUCUUUGCAAACACGUUGUGGCAGACCAGACAUGCUAUAAAGACAUUAUAAAUGAUUUGAAUGGACAUUACCAGAGGGUUUGGAAUCGUACAAUGGCUUCGUUGAGGUUGGUAUAUUUCAGAGACACUUGGAGAGCAAGUUCUACUUUGGUUGGAAUUGCUGUUCUUGUAUUCACAAUCUUCAACUUUUGCCGAGUUGUCAGAUUGGUCCUCGACCUCGAUCAAAGGCGACCUUAAUUAAUUAGUUGUGAUAUAGCAUAGCAUCUUUUAAUUGUAAGAAACUAAAAUGACAGUGUCAUGUGUUAAAUAACGUGAGAGGGCCUUCAUGGAGCCUUUUCCGUAGAUUUCAUGGAUGAAGUUAGUUGUAGAAAACCUUUGGUUGUUUUGUUCGGAGUUUGGUGAAUAAUAUGUGUAAUCUUAGUAAUAUGUAUUAUUAGUGGAUGUGUCUGAUAUAAAUAAAGCCUACUUAAUAUCUUUGAAAUUUCA